AUGACACACGCACGAUCCAGCGAUUCUGCGCAGAAAUUUUCUGCUUUGCUGCAGUAUCUUGGCGGUCCAAACUGCUCGCCUGAAGAGGUUACAUGGGCUACGGAUCUUCCUGCAGGCAGUGCAUUUCUAGGGUGGCUCGCAGACCAGUUACCGGAACAAUUGAGUGCAAGUGGUCUUGAGAUUCAAGUUCGCUCCGCGCUAGAGCCCAUUGCAUUGAGUCAUGAAGAAGCCACGGACGCUAGAGCUUCUAUGAAGCUAGGGAUUGACAAUACAGAAGACACCACUGAUAUCUCACGCAAGCUGGCCAACUAUGACGUCCCAUCAGCGUUGCAUUCCCAAGCGAGAUUCAUGGAAGAAGAGGCUAAAAUCCUCAAGGAAGAAACGAAGAUGCUAAAGCAUCGCAUGCUGCGCGCCUCAGUGAAGUCUGCAGAUGCGGAUAUUCAACAGCGGCAAGAACAGCUUGGUGAAAUAUCGCUCGAGAUUGACGUAUCGAUCGAAAAGUCGACGAAGCUGGCAAAUCAAUUAUUGGACGGGUUCCAUCCGACACCGCCAAAGUCGAAAGAUGUGAAAGAUAGUAUUUCCGAGCACAGGACAAAGCUGGCCUCGCUUUCUAAUCUUCGCUCAGAAAUCGUGGAUUCUGCAGAACGACAGCUACUUAUCAUUGAAGAUGCUAGCCGGACACUGCCCAAUCCCUCUGAAGUAGAGUGUGAGGCUGCGCGCUUGUGCGAUGCUUUCGCCCGGUUAUCCCAACAAACCAACGAAACACGAAAACAGAGUGUAAACGCUUUGCAAGCUGCGUCAUAUUGCACGGAGCUGGGUAUGAUGUGCGAGGAGCUGGAAGCGCCCAAUGGCGACAGUCCUGCACGGACCUUGGAGAAUAUUGUAGGCCAGGCUGAACUUCCCAACGCAGAGGACUUGCAGGACCGCCUCGACCCGUUUGACGUGAACAUUGCAGGCGAGAUCAGCCGGGCGUGGAAGCUAGACCAAGCAGCCUUACUUGCUUCGCGCGAGGGAGUAUUAGACUAUGUACACGAUAGCUUCGUCGACCAUCUUCUUCCCCCUCUGCAUAAUCUACACGAUGAGCUCACGGCGAGCAGCACGUUUGCCAGUAGUGCAGAUGCAUUCAUCAAUGCCUUUAUCGAAGAGCUCGAGGAUUGUGCAGACGACGUCGCCGCUGCUCGGGCAUCAUCCUCCACUGCAUUAGACAAGAUAGCAGACGAAGAUGCCCGCAACCUUCUAGAAGGCGAGCUAGUAGACCUACUCAAGCAGACGCAAAAAACGCGGGCACCAGACAAUGGCUUACUCGUCCUCCUGGACCGUGCAGACCUCGCGAAGGAAUUGCACGCUGUUUCCGAGCGCCUGCAGGGCGCUGAUCUCGCGGAAGACCAGUGGAUUGUUCGCCUGCCAGGAAAGCUAUCUGAGUUAAGAACUGGUCCCGCAUCCCGACUGUCCUCCCAUAUCUACGCCAACUCUCCCGUCAAUACCUCUCCUCCCUUCUCUGCCGCGCGAGGGCAGCGCAUCUUGGACGCAGACACGAAGAAGAAAGUCGAUCAGUUGAGCCAGGCGGUGAUCAGACUGCAGAAGGAAUCCGAAUUGAACAGUCAGGACGAGCGGAAGAUGGACACAUUCAUUGAGAGAUGGUCACGAGCUUAA